AUGGUGGUGUACAGACCCAUUGCAGCGGCUACAGCGAAUCGUCCAGCAGCAUUCAGCCGGCCAGUUAUUGGGAAGGUCCUACAGCGCCCAGCCUACAGGCUUCCAAGAACCGCUGCUCAAGCCCCAGCUCCAGCUCCAGCAGAGAGCAGCCCACCUCUUGCAGAAGAGGUUCAAGAUGAGGUAGAGGACGAAACGUUUGCCCAGCUGGAUGACGCAGAUACCGGCAUUGAUGAGCCACUGCCGCAGGACGACGAGGAGGUCUUGGAGGAGGAAGUCUUGGAUCUCGAGGAGCCUGUGCCGGAGAACGACGAGGUCCCUGAAGUCGAGGUGGAGGCUGAAGCGCUGCCUGCGCGUGAGGAUGAUCUGGACGUGGAGGAUGUGGCAGAAGACAUGCGCGAGGCAGUGCAAGGCAGUAUACAGCUCCGACGUAUGCUCUCUGGCAGCGAAGGAGACGAGCCUGCUGCAAAGAAGCGCAAGACUGACGUGGCACCGGAUUUAGAUCCAGAGAAGGCAAAGCUUCUGGCUCGAUGGGGGUUGUCGGCUGAGCGAGCGGUGCGGUACGUGAUGCAGGCGGCAGCAAUUGAGGAAGUUCGCAAGGUGAUGCAAACCGGUUGGAGGCCUGUUGCCUGGGCGCCUCGAGCUGAUGGAACUCAUAAGACGGCUGCGGAGCAACUCAAUGAGACAAUCUUGAAGUUCCGAGAGGACUUGUAUGGGCCUGCUCGCGGAAAUCAAGUGGACGUGGUCACGGCCUUUGCUCGGAGGUGGGAACUCCCGGCUGCGGACAUUGCGGCCUUGCGGAAGCUCUCGCAUAAGGACUUACGGCACGUCAUGAAGGAGUUCGAUGGCACAUCAUCGGUUGCCCAGCUGUCAGAUGAAGCGUCGCUGCUGGUGCCUGUGGAGGAGGCGGAGAAGACCGAAGACGCAGCCGCUGAGAAGCCGGGCUUGCUGACAUGCAGCAGGCUUUCCAAUGCGUUUCUCCUUCAGAAGCUGUUUGGGAGGGUGGGAGAUGCCAACUUGACUUUUUCUUACCUGCUGGCGCAACAUCGUGAGGCGCUCGGUCAUGUUGGCCGCAUCGUGGCAACUACCUUCGAGACCAUAGAAGUCCUCAGAGACUUGCGCAAUACGUUUUCUGAACCUGACCGAGAGCGAUAUGGCGAGAUUGAGCACACUGUCAAGGAGUUCCCUUUCGAGCUUGAAGACAGGCAUGCGGAAGUGCUGCACAACGUGGAUGCCACACGUCUUGCCGUUGACCCACGCUUCCAGGCAAAGAUGCAUGCAGAUAGCAAUGCAGUGCCGACCAGAACGAACCAAGUGACCAUGCAGCUAAUCAAGCAGAAGCGGGUGCGAAUUCCAGCAUGUGGAGACAAUGCCCUUCCUGGAGUGGAGCUUGAGGCUGCUGUUUUGCAGCUUUUGCUUAUCGGUCUUACCAUCGGUCUUAUGGUGACAGGCGGGACUCCAAUCGACGACCGGACGAAAAGGUCACCGGAAAAUUACCGCUGCCAAUCCAAGGGCUCCGACAUGGUUUACACAUUUCGGUAUGAACCCAGUGGAAGCACUCCGCCCAAGGCACUCAUCAGGAGGCCUCCCACGAAAGAUGACCUGUUCCUCUCGAAAGAGGGUAAGAUGCCAUCAAGCGCAGAGCAAAAGCGGCGGAGGUUGGAGGAAAUCUACGAGCUCUUUCUCACUUACGUCCAAGGACUUGUAGCUGCAUUCACCAAGCAGGCCAAAGCAGCCAAGGCAGGCCACCAGGCUUUGAGCAUGGUUGAGCUAGGCAUGCCUACCGCAGCGAGGAUGGUCUUCAUGCCGGCUGGCUGCCAAGUGGGAGUCCUUCAAGCACUGCUAGGCCGAUUAGCUUUGGAUACUCAAUCCGAGGAACGCAUAGCCGCACUUUGGCGCCCGUCUUCCCUGGCGGGGGCACUGCAGCUGGCACAGGUAGCCUCCAUGCUGCAGAUCGAGGAGAUCAUGCCGGAGCUCGUCACUCUGAUUUCACAGCAGGCAAUGGCAAGUGGAGCAGACGCAGCAGAGUUGGAGGCUGCAUGCCAGCGAUUGCAGUCCGAAGCCCAGGUCAUCAGGACGCAGAUCAACCGCCAGACAGACCACCUGCCUAGACGUCCAACUAUUUACGAAGUCGAGAUUCCCUUUAAGAAGCAAAUGCAUGGACGUAUCAAGCUUCAGGAUGUGGGAGACCGCGGGGUUGAGGUCCUCCGUCGGUACGCAGAGGCCCGGCGCGAAAAGCUGCCUCUGAGGGUCAUACUAGUUCGACACGGCCAAUCAGAAGGGAACCUUGACAAAUCACUCUUCAAGACGAAGGGCGACAACCUCAUGGAACUCACUGAGCUGGGGAGCAGACAAGCAAAAGCCGUGGGUAAGCGCGUCAAGCAGGUCGUGCGUGAUGAGAAAGUCUUCUUCUAUGUUUCUCCUUUCCAACGAACGUUGCAAACGGCCAGAAACAUGAUUUUCUCUGCUUUCGAUCCUCACCAGGUUGUGGAUGUCUCUGUGGAUCCCAGGAUACGUGAGCAAGAAUUUGGGAACUUGCAAGGUGACAACUUCGUCGGGCUGAGAGAAGAAAGUACUAAGAUCCGAAGAUUUUGGUAUCGGUUUCCAACCGGCGAAAGCGGGGCGGAUGUCUAUGACCGUACGCGACAGUGGUGGGACUCGAUGAUGAGCAGACACCUGAUGGAAGACAGCGGCGCAAGUUCCAUUAUCGUUGUUACGCAUGGGCUGACCAUGCGCUUGAUCCUGAUGCAACUAUUUCACUGGUCGCCAAACACCUUCCACACGGUCUGGAAUCCGGACAACUGCGCGAUGUAUGUUCUAAAAAAGAACAUGUCAAGCUCCGCCCAUUAUCCUUAUUUCGUGGAUGAGAUGGAGGGCGACCGCCUCAUGUCAUCGAUAGAUCUUGUUGUCACGUUUCACGACAACUCCACGAAAAAGUUGACAUUGGUUGACUACCUAUCCAUCCCACCCCCCCGGACGCUUCAACUUCCGGCCGUCAAGCAACUUCUUGCUGAGCAGUUCGGCUUCGAUCCGCUUGACAUCAAGGGCAUUGACUUUUACAACGGACUCUUCCAGCGGUUCCAGUGA